AUGAUUUAUUUCUUGAUUCUCGGUUUCCUUUGUUUUCAGGCAAAUGGAUUCUUAACGGAUUCAAUUAACAGCAUUCUUACCAACCCAGUGGGUACAGUCAAUCCUCUCCUCCAUUGCAACUUGAAACCAGCUGAUAUUGUCUUUCUGUUGGAUUCCUCCGGAAGCGAAGGAGUGCGUCAUUUUAGGGAACAACUGAACUUUGUCAAAAACUUUGUAAAAGAGUUUGACAUAGGCCCUUCCAAUGUACAAAUCAGUGUAGUGUCUUUUGCAUCUAGAGUACGUGAAAACUUCAACUUAAAAAGAUACCAUACUAAGACGGACCUUCUUAAUGCCAUCGAUAGAAUUCCAUAUAUGUCCGGUUCCACACACACUGCUGACGCAAUCACCUAUGCAAUUCAACACAGCUUCACCCCAAUUGCUGGUGAUCGGGCACCUGUGACUGACAUCAUGUUUGUAGUGACUGACGGACAGUCCAUUUCACCUUCAGCAACAAGUCAGGCGGCAAACUUAGUCCAUAAAGCCGGUGUUAAAACAUUUGCAAUAGGAGUCGGAAAUUCAAUAUCCAAACAAGAACUUUUACAUAUAGCCUCAGAUCCACAACACGUGUUUCAUGUUUCCACAUUCGAUGCCCUCCACCAACUGCAGAAUGAGCUAAGAAAUAAAACUUGCGAAGCAUUAUCCUAUAGUAGUUUGUAUUGCUCUAACCACAUCACGAACUGUAACAGCUAUGGUCAUUCUGUGUGCAUUACGUACGCCCAGUGGGGACGAGAUAAAUGCCCGCUGUACUGUGGAUACUGUCAAGCUCAAGGAACGCCAACGCCAAUGGCUCCUGUAACCACAACAACACAAGUUAACACACCUGCCGUUAUUACUCAAGGAAUCUGUAUGGAUCAAAUUUCGAAUUGCCAUGACUAUGGUUUGUCCGCCUGUUCAACCUACAGACAAUGGGCUGAUACAAACUGCCCACGUUAUUGUGCCUUUUGUAAAGCACCUCCUACUCCACCACCAAUUGUGACUACAACAGCUAUGCCGACUCCCCCGCCUCUUGUUGCAGGACCAUGCGAGGACAAAAUGCCUACCUGUAAAGAUUACAUUGCCCGUGACAGUAAUACCUGCAAUAGAUACCUGGAUUGGUCCACCUUCAAUUGUAGAAAAACCUGUGGUAUUUGUCACGAUACGUUCAGCACUCCCCCUCCACUAUCAGUUACUACAACAUCAACCAGUGCUCCCUCAACAACAUUGCACUACGACAGAUGUGAAGACGUGGUCCAUUCUUGCGAGUCAUAUGGUCCCUCCAUCUGCUUUAAUUACAAAGACUGGGCAGCCAAAAAGUGUGCAAAAUUUUGUUUAUUCUGUGAAGAAACCACCACAACAACAACUACCACUACCACCACACCGGCUCCCACCACAGAACCACCUUGUGUGAAUGUCGAUCCCGACUGUGAAGACAGGGGACCAGUUGUUUGUUUCCAAAACCAGACUUGGGCUCAGGCAAAUUGCAGGGUUUUCUGUGCCUUCUGUACACCUCCCACUACACCUGCAGUCAUAAAUGUGCCAUCAACAAACGUCCCUACAACAGCUACCUUGUUCCCUGUAACCCAGCCCCCAAUCCCGACCACUAACGCUCCACUCGCUACAACAACUACUGAAGAACCAUCGACAAACCCCACCAUCAUUGUGAUUGGAUAAAUAGAACGCCUUUAAUAAAAUUUCUUUUUUGUAUCCUUAACUUAUUUGUGAAGAUAGAAAUGUUAACAUAAAGAGUACACACGUUUUCAUAAUAGUU